UUACUUCUUAUGCACAUUUACCCUAAGAGUCCAUAAAACUGGUUGUGUGUAUAUGUGCUAGCCUGUAAGUUGUAUGUUGUCUUGAAGGUGAAAGGUAUGGGUAUUCUCCCUUCUACUAAUCAGCCACAAGGACCUAAGGAGUUAAAGUAAGCAGGAAGUGAGGCAGCUGCUCAUUUUCCAGGCACCACCCAGCAAGGGCCUUCCACUGACUGGGGACUGUGGGUCAGAAAGACUUGGGGCUGCUUGUGAAAAAGCUGUCUGCACUCUUGCCUUCCAUAUGUGCCAUUGUUACUUACUCUGUUGGGACCUUUGAGGCUGUUACUAUGGGUUGUCAGCUUCGUGCCGGAAGCAUUAUUAUUACUAGAGAAAUCAAGGAUUGCAAUGGCAUUGCUUUGACAUUGUCUUCCCAGAGAUUUCACUGAAGAAUAAUCUCAAAGGAACAUUUUUCUCUCUGUCCCUCUGUUAAUGUCCUUAGCAGCUAGCAAAUGUUUUUAAUGACCAGGAAAACAUCAACCACCCUUAUGCUUGGCCUGCUCCGGGCAGCUGAAUGAAGCUUUCUUCAAGUAGUUUCCAGAACUCUAUUGCUGAACACAUCUCUGUUGGAUGAAUGUUCAUGAAGCCCUUUUCAGAACCAGCUUAGGAAACUUCUGCCUUGUGGAGCCUGUGACAUGGAAGCUCUUGAAGUGGAUGAUAUCAGCCCAGCUUUGGAAGUUACUGAGGAUUUCUUUAGUUCUUUUGAUAGUAAGCUAGAAAAAGCUGUGCAGCAGACAGAGGUUUAUGGGAUUCAGGAAGUCCCUGAACUGGUGGGGCAUGAGGUACUUAGUAACAUAACAGACAAUGGUGCUAUCAGAAACGUUGCCUCCCUGGGCAAAGAGGGCAUGAUUUGGGACCACUGUAAGAGCAGGCUCUUUGAAACCAAAGCUCAAAAUGUCUUCCCAGCCAAAGAACAGUUUAUGGUUCAGAGAGGGACAACCCCAGAUAAUCUUUCCUGGAUGGAAGAAAAGGAAGCCUCAACAUUUAAUUUUUUCAACAUCUGUCAGCGUCGGAGGGACAGACCUCGUUCUGUGAAUGACUUAUUAGAUGAGACCUCUACUUUCAAGCCAGGGCAUGCUCGAUCAAGGUCAGAUAUUACCCAUGUGGACUGGAGAGUAGUCCUCAACGCCACACCUUUGCAGCAGCAGCAGCAACCAUCUCUUCAGGGCCUUCACUUCACUAGGCCACCAUUUCUGUCACCCUCAUCAAAUAAGGUAGAAGAUGCUCAAGGAAAUACUGAACACAAGCAGACAUUUCCAAACAUUCUGAAGAAGGGUUACGUGGAGAUUAGGAGGAACCAUGACAGUUACUGGCAAAGUUGUUAUGCAGAACUUUCACCCUACAACUUAUACUUCUAUAGUCUCAACAGCAGUGCAAAUCAAAACCUUUAUGCCACAUACCAACUUUCACACUUCCAGAGCAUAUCUGUUUUGGGCAACCUUGAGGCCAGAAUGGUGGAUACCAUCUUAUAUGACAACACUCAGCUACAGCUCAAGGCAGAGUCACCGUGGGAGGCUUUGGACUGGGGCCAGAAGCUUUGGGAAGUUGUGCAUGCUGCCGUGCCUGGUUACGUGGGAUGGCAGGAAAAGCUGGCAAACUCACCAGGCCUUGGUCAUAAUGCUGACUGUACACGGAAUCAUUGUUUACAGAAGAAAUCCAGUGGGCUGCUGCCAUCGUCCCCUGCCUCGGAUAGCCCCAAACAGUACCAAAACAUCCUCAAAUCAGGGACGCUUUACAGGCUAACUGUCCAAAACAACUGGAAGGCAUUUACGUUUGUGCUGAGUAGAGCCUGCCUUAUGGCUUUUCAGCCUGGCAAACUAGACGAGGAUCCCCUCUUGAGCUACAAUGUGGACAUGUGUCUGGCUGUCCAAAUAGACAACCUGGAUGACUGUGACUCUUGCUUUCAGGUCAUUUUCCCCCAAGAUGUUCUCCGCCUCCGUGCUGAGACCCGACAGAGGGCUCAGGAAUGGAUGGAGGCUCUGAAAACAGCUGCCAAUGCAGCAAGGAGUUCAGAGCAAAACCUGCAAGUGACACUGAGGAACAAAUCCAAGGAUCAUAUGGGUGGGCAUGAACUCAGGAAGAAUAAACGUCAGUCUGUGACUACCAGCUUCCUGAGCAUUCUGACGACUUUGUCUCUGGAACGAGGACUUACUGCUCAGAGUUUCAAAUGUGCAGGAUGCCAGCGAUCCAUAGGCCUUUCCAAUGGGAAAGCCAAGGUGUGCAAUUACAGUGGGUGGUAUUACUGCAACAGCUGCCAUGUGGAUGACAGUUUUCUUAUCCCGGCACGCAUUGUCCACAACUGGGAUACUUCUAAAUAUAAGGUGUCUAAGCAGGCCAAAGAGUUUCUGGAGUAUGUGUAUGAAGAGCCCCUGAUCGACAUCCAGCAAGAGAACCCCAUGCUCUACCUGCACGCUGAGCCACUGGCCACCAUAGUACGACUGAGGCAGCGGCUGAAGUCACUUCGGGCCUAUUUGUUCAGCUGUCGGGCAGCAGUAGCAGAGGAUCUCCGCCGAAGAAUUUUCCCCAGAGAAUACCUCUUUCAGCAGAUCCACCUGUAUUCCCUCGCCGACCUACAACAGGUGAUAGAGGGAAAGCUGGCUCCAUUCUUGGGCAAAGUCAUUAAAUUUGCCACCUCACACGUGUACAGCUGCAGUCUGUGUAGCCAGAAGGGGUUCAUCUGCGAAAUCUGUAACAAUGGAGAGAUCCUCUACCCCUUUGAGGAUAUUUCAACAAGCAGGUGUGAAAGCUGUGGAGCCGUUUUCCAUUCUGAAUGCAAAGAAAAGGCAGUCCCUUGCCCGAGAUGCGUCCGCAGAGAGCUGCAGAAGAAGCAGAAGUCUUUCUGGCGGAGGCUGAACAUGGACGAGAGUCUGGAGGAGGCCUGCAACCUGUUUGAGCUGUCCUACCAGAACACCUGACUCAGGCAGGGGCCCGGAGGCCAGAGAGUCAACUACUGAUGCUCCGUCAGCCCUCUAGUGGCUUCUGAACAAGCCGGUUAGACCCCUUUGGGAGAAGAGCGUGUCUAAUCUUCAGCUAGAUAUAGAUAUAUAUUUCUAUAAAUACAUACGUACCUAUGCAUCCUGUAUGUAUGCUCUGUAUAAAUUGUUGUCUAAAAGGUCCGUGGAGCCUCUGUGGCUGGAAAAACCUACCAAUAGCUGGAUUAUACUUAACCAUGAAUUUCAGCUGCUUGCUCCCAAGCAAAAUGCAGUUUACACUCAAUGCUUUAUAGUUUGGCCCCCUUUUUUUUUUUUUGCUCUCAGGGGCCAUUUUAUUACAUAGGACACAGGAUGAGGCAUUUCCUGCCUCACUUGUAUCAUUGUGGGGAGGGACGGAUGUUCUCUUUCAUUGAGAGAGCAGCACUUUGGUUUAUUUUUGUGUUAUUUAUUUUUAGCCUUUGCAGAGGCUGAGGUAACUGAGGCAAGAUCCAUCAUCAUCUAUUUCAUAAGAAAAUCUUCAAAACACAGGAAUGACUCCUGGCUCCUUCCAGGACCGUCAAUGGCUUUGUGUCUCACCUCCAGUUCUACCACGGAGGUGGGAUUGCCUAAAGAGCCAAAUGGCCCUGAAACCAGGAGCACAAGCUCCCACUGACAGAAAGCAUGCACCCCUGAUUUAUGAGGAGAGGUGGUUCUGGUUUCAAAGUUGAUCUCAGAAAGUUUCUUUUUCCUGAGAAAAGAAGAGACCUCUGCAACAAAUAACUGCAUGUUGUCAGUGUGUUUGCUGGUACAAAUCCCAGUGCCCGCGUAAUGAUUUGACUCACCAUCGUAUUUGCCAGGUUGUAAACAAGGCUCUGUCAAGAACAAUUUUCCAAAGGUUUUAUGGGUGAUAUUUAUGAUUUCUCAGUGGUGCUGGCCUGAGUAAACUUCCUGGAAUUGCUGAUAAAUACAUCAGCUAGCAGACUGGUAGAUAGGGUCAGUGGUACAUCCACUCCAAGAGACACUCUUAUGUUUCAUUGGAUCCUGCAGUUCUUACCUGUUCAUUGGAAAUGUUUAAUGUCUUACUGCUCUUCGCUGCUUUCUCCUUUGGAUGCUUAAUUUGUCAAUUUAAGCACUUCUCUCACAUUUUAAAAAUUGUUUUAAAGAUCAGAGUAGCAUGGAACUUCAAAAUACCAACUUUAAGCUAUUAAGAAAAUACCAAACUUACAAAUAUAACUAAUUAAUGAGUUAAAUCUAAUAUUGUUUAAAAUAUAUAUAUAUAUAAUUGCCACCUUAAAGCAAAACAAAAAGUGCUAAAAUAAAUAAUGUAAUAGAAAUAAUAAAUAUAAUUAAUUGCUUUGCCAUUUGGCAGGAUUGUGGGCUCCCACUGCAGUGACCUUUGAAGAGCCAAUGUAGAAGUCACUGUGACCAAAAUGGCAGGUAGAAUAGUACUGGAGACCUGUUGGCUCCCAUUCCUUCUACCUUAAUUCUUUCUAGAACAGAAAAAUAUGCUUAUAUUGAAACAGUCCACAAUCAACUCUCUGAGAAGAUCCUGUAUGUUUCACCACAGAGCAGGUGCCCUCAGUGCCGUCAUGGUUUGGUAGCUUCACUGCUUUUAGGAUAUAAAAAAUCAGCGGCCCGCAAAGUACUGUACAUGGUACCUUUAAGUCCAUCUCUCCUUUCUCCCACACUUUGGUCCCUCUGCAUCCCAACUAAUGAUACUUCUGUUCAUUGCAAGACAUGCCGUUUGAGCCUGACGUUUGUGUGGACUCUUAGAAGUGAGUAUUUUACCUCUCGACCCACACCAGUUCCUUUGGCCCCAGACCACACACACAUUUCAACUUAGUAGCUCACCAUCAUGCAUUUGUUUUCUGAUUAUACAGUAGCUGUAACCAAGGCAUGAAAUUUUAUUAAGAGGCCAGGUCCCCCAAAUAGUGAGCAGCUUCAUUUAAGAAAAAAAAAGGCCAGGGCCUAUUCAUGAGACACCUCAUGGUGCCUUUUACUCUUGGAAAAAGAGGUCGACUCUCCCUCAAGCGUAGUUAUAGAGAUGUGGCACACAAAAGAAAGGAAAAGGGUGGAAAAUUUCAAACAAGUGCUUGGCAAACAGGCAAACAAAUUUUAUCAUCUCUUCUUUCCUCCUCCCCUUCGUGAAAUACAGUAUUUAUAUUUUCCAGCUUCAGAGAAGAUAGCAGAACAUGAUCUUUCAUGAGAGAAUUAUAGACCAGCUUAUUAUAAAACAGAUGUGCUCCAAUGGCAAAGUGCCUUCUCCCUCCACCCCCAGCUCCUUGUCAUCAUAGCUUACUUUUGCCUUUGCUAUAAUUAAUGUAUCUGUGAUUCCAACUGUCAGCAAGGCCAUCCCAGCACACUGCAUUUGGAGACCUAAAGUACAGGACCGUCUCCUCCCCUGCUAACAGGGUUCAUUUUCUGUACAAAAUUCCCUGUCCCAAGGUACAUGCACCCUGGAUCAGACCUGCCAGGUGUCAAGGGUGGAAUUUGGGAUACCUGCUCUAAAUGCGUUUGAUUUCAUCGAUGCCCAUUUAGAGAGCCCUGCUAAAUAUUAGCAGUUCCUGUGAAAGCCUAAGGAGAGUUUUCCACCCACAUCAUUUACUGCUUAUUUUUCAAAAGGGAAAAAACCUAGAUGUGCUAUCACAGUCAGCUACCCAGAACUGGAACUGUAUCCCAGCUGCUUCUGUUUUCUCUCCUUUUUGAACAUCCCUGACGGCCUGCUCGCUGCCAGCCACAGGCCUCCACUGACGCUCUCGGCUACCACUGCCAAAAUCUGACAGGACGGAGUGGAGCCUGCGUAGGAGUGAGGUCUGCCGUGAAAAUUCAGAAUUGCUGUUCAGCCCAGAACAUCUUAGAGCAUAUGAACACCCUUACUGUUUUCAACCCUAACAAAUUACAAGGUGCCCUGUUAGGUAAAUUGUUCCACUGCUUAGAAACUGUCGAAACUAAGGCAAAUCUGUGGAUUACCACCACUUUGCCUCAUGUUCCAUUUUUCAUCCCAUAUUAAAUAUGUUACACAUAAAGCAUAUAAGAAAAUGGCCAAUUAAUCUCCUGGAGCUGGCAGCUGACCCCGGGUAACCUCUUUUCAUUGAAAGGCCCAUUCCCUGGUCUAACGCUUGAGGAAAUCCCUCCUAGCAGUGCCAGAAACUCAAGUGUGAGACAGUCCAACCCUGGUGAAAUGUUGGCAUCUAACCCUGCAGUAAAGAAGCUGGUUCUUAAAAUAGAUCUCAGUGUGUACCACUGCAGGAAGGCCACAAAGUACUUAAAAAGCAGUCAACUGGAAUGGGAGUAACAUUCUUUCCAGGGCUGCUUUACCCAAAGUUGAAAGUCUUUUUAUAUGAACAUCAUGUAAACUCUCAUCUUCCCCAGUCUCUUUUAGGGGUGAUUAGCUGGAAGGGUAAUGGCUCUUUGAUUCUUAUAGACUAGGCCUCCAUCAAAAAGGGAAUAUAGCUAGUGCUUAGGAUUUGUGGCUUUCAACCCAAUGGUGUCCUUCAGACUCCUGAAAAGGGACUGUGCUGUGAUUUCCUUCAGCUACAAUGAGAACAGAGGAGUUUCUAUCACUCUAGGAGCCAUAUCCAGGCCUUGCUAAGCUAAAGCCCACCCACGGCACCCCCACCUCAUCC